CGGCGAUGCGGCAGCCCCGCUGAGCCCGCCCGCUCGUGCGCGGGAGCCGGCCGCGCAAGGCGGCCCGGGCCAGGCGGCAGUAUGCGGGGCGGCGAGGAGCUGGACGGCUUCGAGGGCGAGGCCUCGAGCACCUCCAUGAUCUCGGGCGCCAGCAGCCCAUACCAGCCCACCACCGAGCCGGUGAACCAGCGCCGCGGACUGGCCGGCCUGCGCUGCGAUCCCAACUACCUGCGCGGCGCGCACGGCCGCCUCAAGGUCGCCCAAGUGAUUCUGGCUCUGAUCGCGUUCAUCUGCAUAGAGACCAUCAUGGAGUGCUCCCCGUGUGAAGGCCUGUACUUCUUUGAGUUUGUAAGCUGUAGCGCAUUUGUGGUGACUGGAGUUUUGCUGAUUCUCUUCAGUCUCAACCUUCAUGUGAGGAUCCCCCAGAUCAACUGGAACCUGACAGACUUGGUCAACACUGGACUAAGCACUUUCUUUUUCUUUAUUGCAUCAAUUGUACUGGCUGCUUUAAACCACAAAGCAGGAGCAGAAAUUGCUGCUGUGAUAUUUGGCUUCCUGGCAACCGGGGUGUAUACGGUGAACGUGUUCCUAUCCGUGCAGAAAUGGAGAGUCAGCCUCCACCAGCAGAGCACCAACGACUACAUCCGAGCCCGCACUGAGUCCCGAGAUGCAGACGGUCGGCCCGAGAUCCAGCGCUUGGACACGUGAGGACCUUCAGAGGCCUCCACCCUCCAACCGUCCCUGCCGUCAACUUUUCUCUCUCAUCACGUCAGAUUUUCAUGAGAUUAUGUUGAAUUUUGUCCUCUUUGGUAAAAGUUCAUUUGGGAAAAGGGUUUUGUGAAUGGCCCUGUUGGC